UGCCCGCAUUCACCACCCUGGUCAAUUUUGUUUGGGUUUGAGGCCAGACAGUGGAGUCAUUAAUUUUAAACAAAGGACCACGCUUCAGGACAUUCAUCCCGGGUCAGACAAAGCCGCUACUCGCUUUCCCCGCGGCCGAGUGAAAGUUUCUCGCCUUGUCGCAGCUUAACAUCCGAAGCGACCGGACAUGAACAAGCGCAACCAUAUCCGCCUGCCGCCAGAGGUGAAUCGGUUGCUGUACGUGCGGAAUCUGCCGUACAAAAUCACCUCAGACGAGAUGUACGACAUAUUCGGUAAAUUUGGAGCCAUUCGACAGAUACGCGUAGGCAAUACGCCGGAAACGCGUGGCACCGCCUUUGUCGUCUACGAGGACAUUUUCGAUGCCAAGAACGCCUGCGACCAUUUAUCCGGUUUCAAUGUCUGCAAUCGCUAUCUGGUGGUGCUCUACUACCAAUCCAACAAGGCCUUCAAGCGCGUGGACAUGGACAAGAAGCAGGAGGAGCUGAACAACAUUAAGGCCAAGUACAAUCUGAAGACACCGGAGGCUCCUUAGAACCAGCACUUGGUGCGGCAGGCGGGGAUGGGGCAGAGACAGACAUUGGGCCCCAUCAGAUGACGCCCCACUUCCAUCGACCAUUUUCCAUUGUUUAGGGAACUUCUUGCUCUACUUAUGUGUAUACCAAAUUUUUGCUAUCUACUUGUAGAUUUUUUUGAUCGCAUUUUGUAUCAUUUGAAUCUAAUCAUUAUCAUCCAUCCAUCACUCCAUCUAUCAUAUAAACGGCUGGG